AUGGCAGACCCAUUGUCCGUCGCUGGAAGCGCCGUCGGCGUUAUAUCGCUGGGCAUCACAGUUGCUCAGGGAUUGUUUGACUACUACGCGGCAUUUCAAGACCAGAAAUCCGAUGUUGCCCACACGACCAAGAAGCUCUCUCGCCUUCUCGAGUUGCUUGAGAGUUUGCGUCAACUCGAACGACCCCAAUCCCAAGCCGACGACCGUGUAAUACUCGCGAAGAUGGAGUCUUGCAUGGAAGAUUGCAAGGAGCUCAUCGGAGACCUCGAGGCAGAGCUGAACAAGUUCAAUCAAGCCCCCCACCAAGGCACCAUGGCGGGACUUCGCGCCGCUGGCCGCCGCAUCGCGUAUCCCUUUCGACAGAGCACACUACAGAAGCUGGAUGAGGACGUCGAUGACUUCGUGUCCUGUUUAUCUCUGGCAAUGCAAUUACUGCAGCAGAGUGACAUCUGCAGAGUGCGGGAUGACAUCGAGGAUACCAAAGCGUUGCUCGACCUAGCAAGAGCUACCCAGGUCUCUUCGGGUAUCAGAGAAUGGCUCAAGGCUCCGGAUGCCACGAUCGGCUUCAACGAGGCUGUCAAGAAGAAGCAUCCCGGCACGGGACUAUGGUUUGUCAAAGGUCCGGACUUCACGGCAUGGCUCGAGAAGCCUGGUUCUUUCCUCUGGCUCGUUGGCUUCGCAGGAUGCGGCAAGUCUGUGUUGUGCUCUACAGCCAUUCAGUUCGCCUUUCGACAUCGCCGGGCGAACAUACGUAUUGGCAUAGCCUUCUUCUUCUUCACUUUCAAUGACAAGAGCAAACAAGAUGCGUCUGCUAUGCUCCGUGCCCUUGUACUACAGUUGUCAAGCCAACUUGACGACAACCAUACCUUUCUCUCGCGGCUGCACGACAGCUACCGCAACGCCUCACCACCAGAUCUCGCUCUUAUGGACUGCCUCCAUCAGCUCGUACGGGCGUUUGAAGAUGUGUACAUUGUCCUGGACGCUCUGGAUGAGAGCCCGAGGGAUAAGCACCGCGAGGCCAUGCUGCAGUGUUUGGCCGAGCUGCGCGCCUGGUCCGAGCCCGGCCUGCACCUCAUUGUCUCGAGUCGAGAUGAGGUCGACAUUCGCGAGGAACUAGGCGCGCUGCCCGAGGAGACAAUCAAGAUGAAAAAUGAUUCUGUUAAUCGGGACAUUGCAUCCUUCAUUUCUGAGCAUCUUCGCAACAAUCGACGGCUUCGGAAAUGGGACGAGCAUCAUGCUCGGAUUGAGACCGCACUCACCAAGCGAGCCCAGGGCGUAUUUCGCUGGGUAGAGUGUCAAUUCAAAGCGCUGGCCAGCUGUCCACAGAGCGAAGACCUCCUCGAACAGUUGCUCGAUUCCCUGCCUCAAACGCUGGACGAGACAUACGAACGAAUGCUCAGCAAUGUCCCAUCAACUUCCAGGGAUUAUGCCCGACAAAUGCUGACGUUGCUCUGCUGUGCAAGGCGGCCCUUAACGGUAGCGGAGCUCGUCGAUGGAGUCGCCGUCCAACUUGGUGACACGCCAAGGUACAAUCCGAAGCGACAACUCAAAAACAUUGACGCAAUUCAACAAGUUUGCCCCGGGUUCACCGAAUUGGAUGUGGAUCCCAAUACCUUAGAAGCUACCGUACGCAUCGCUCACUUUUCCGUUCGGGAAUACUUGGAAUCCGAGCGGAUACGGGAUUCUAAGAAUGCCGUCUUGUUCAGCGUGAGACAGCAAUACGCUGAUGCGCAGAUGGCCUGUAUUUGCCUGACAGUCUUGCUUGAACCUGGAUUGGUGACGUCCGCGUCGACGCCGCUGCGGCAAGACAACAUUGCAUUGACACGCUAUGCUGCUCGGUAUUGGCCGGGCCAUUUUCGAGACGGCGUUCAAGACUCCCCGACGGACGUUCAAGCCCUCCAGCUUUUCAAAAGCAAGGAGGGCUUAUUCGAAAAUUGGGUUACCAUAUGGAAUGUUGAUGGCUAUAAUGGUGAGGCACCUCGCGGGAAGAUUCCAACGCCGCUCUACUAUGCUUCACUUCUUGGGCUUGAUUCAAUCGUGUCUAUGCUUCUAGAUGACACAACCCUUGCUGCUUUACCUCCUAUUGGAGAUAGAUGCUACGCAGAUAGUUUACGACAGAAACCGGAAUCGUUUGGAAGCAAUGAGAAUACCGUUCAGAUGCUGCUGGAGAAGAGUGCAGACAUCAACGCCAAAGGUGGAGAGUACAGAAGCGCUCUACAGGCGGCAUCAGAAGGAGGACACGAGAAGAUUGUCCAGCUGCUGCUGGAGAAGGAUGCGGACGUCAACGCGAGGGGUGAGGGGUUCUACGGAAACGCUCUACAAGCGGCAUCGGCAAAAGGAUAUAAGAAGAUUGUCCAGCUGCUGCUAGAGAAGGGUGCGGAUAUUAAUGGGAAAGGUGGAUACUAUAGAAGUGCUCUACAGGCGGCAUCAGUAAGAGGAUACGAGAAGAUUGUCCAGCUGCUGCUGGAGAAGGAUGCGGACGUUAAUGUGAGGGGUGAGGAGUUCUACGGAAGCGCUCUACAAGCAGCAUCAGCAGAAGGACACGAGAAGAUUGUCCAGCUGCUGCUGGAGAAGGGUGCGGACGUUAACGCGAGGAGUGAGGAGUUCUACGGAAGCGCUCUACAAGCAGCAUCAGCAGGAGGACACGAGAAGAUUGUCCAGCUGCUACUAGAGAAGGGUGCGGACGUCAAUGGGAAAGGUGGAUACUAUGGAAGUACUCUACAGGCGGCAUUAGCAAGAGGACACGAGACAAUUAUCCAGCUGCUGCUAGAGAAGGGUGCGGACGUCAACGCGAGGAGUGAAGAGUUCUAUGGAAGCGCUCUACAAGCAGCAUCAGCAGGAGGAUACGAGAAGAUUGUUCAGCUACUACUAGAGAAGGAUGCGGAUGUUAAUGCGGAAGGUGGAGAGUAUGGAAGCGCUCUCUCGUGGGCUGCUAGGAACGGAAGGGAGAGGCUAGUUAAGAUGCUUCUCGAUACAAGCAAGGUCGAUGUGGACUCGAGAGAUACAAAGUACGGCCAGAUGCCUCUCUCAUGGGCCGCCGAGAAUGGAUAUGAGGCAGUAGUUAAGAUACUUCUCGACACGGGC